GUUUGUAAUAUCCGGGUUUGAAGGAGGGAGUGUCUCAGAUUCCCAACAGAAACACGCUGGAAAGAUCAGCGAGAGAAACGUGCUCCUCAGAACAUGGCAUCGGUCAGAGGGAAGCGGAAGCGCAGCGCGAUCAGCUCCUCUGUCAGGAUUUAGAUCGGGAUCCGCGAUGGAGAAGCCGCUCGUCCCCGCGGAGAGGAGGCUGCCGGCUCGGACGGGCUCGGGAUCGGCCUCGCUCGGGCUCGGCGCGUCUCUGCAGCCCGGACGCGCGCGCAGGAUCGAGGGAGUGCUCAGCAAAUACACCAACCUCAUCCAGGGCUGGCAGAACAGGUAUUUCGUGUUGGACCCUAAUGUGGGUCAGCUGCAGUAUUUUGUGAGCGAGCAUGGACGGAGUCAGAAGCCCCGCGGAUCCCUGCCUCUGAUUGGUGCGUCUGUGAUGUCGAGCGACGAGGCGCCUCACAUGUUCAUCGUCAGCUCAGCCAAUGGGGAGCUCUUCAAACUCAGAGCGGUGGACGCCACAGAACAGCAGCUUUGGAUGACACAGCUACAGGCCUGUACCAGACGCCACUCUGACAGUAGUGCCAAGAUGAGGAAACUGAAGGAUUGGGAUGAGCCUCUGUGUGUGGAACAAACUCAGAACACCCUGGAUGCACAGGGUUCAUCCGGCCGGAUGCGAAGUGUCUCUCUACUUCCUCACCUUCCUCCGUCUUCCUCUCCUGUAUCUCAGAGACAUGUGUCUCUCCACGGGCCUCCGUGCAACAUCGUUACCAUCACGCACCAUAAGUCGCCUGCAGCUGCCGGCUGUGCCAAAAAACAUUACCCAGAGAGCCUUCUGGAGGUCAAAGAGGUUAUGAACCAGGUGGAGGGGCAGCAGAAGAGUCUGAUCCAGUCCAUCGAGUCUCUGCCGAUGCACGGAUCCCUGUCCUGUCUGGAUCAGGACCUGCUGCUGCUGAAAGCCACCUCUGCUGCCACCCUGAGCUGCCUCGGCGAGUGCCUGACUAUAUUACAGCAGAGCGCCGGACACAACCAUGGGCCGCCCUCUGAUAGUGUUCCCGUGUGGACCGUCCCAAGGUCUCCCUCAGGAGAACGUCUAACCCUGAGCUCCACGGAGCCCUCGCCCACCCUCACGAAAACAACCCUGCUGCCGAACACUGAGCUGCAGGAUGGGACGGAGGUGAUAUCUCCUGAGGAGGAGGUGAUGGAUUCGGAUGAUAACACUGAAGAAGAGCUGGGUGUGUUGGACGACCAGAGGAGUGUCAUUCUGCACCUGCUGUCUCAGCUCAAACUGGGCAUGGAUCUCACACGCGUUGUUCUUCCCACCUUCAUCCUGGAGAAGCGCUCACUGCUGGAGAUGUAUGCUAACUUCAUGGCGCACCCAGACCUGUUCCUGUCCAUCUCCGCCGGAAGCACUCCGGAGGAGCGUAUGGUGCGUUUCGUCGAAUAUUACAUGACCGCCUUCCAUGAAGGACGUAAGGGUGCCGUCGCCAAGAAGCCCUACAACCCGGUGUUGGGCGAGACCUUCCACUGCUCAUGGGAGGUUCCACCAGAUCACAUCCGCCCUCUGAGGACUGAGACCAGCUCCAGGACCAAUCAGGAGGCAGCAGGGGCGGAGUCAGACUCUUACAGGGUGCGUUUUGUGGCGGAGCAGGUUUCCCAUCAUCCUCCGGUGUCGGGGUUUUACUGCGAGUGUGCGGAGAGGGGCAUGUGCGUCAACGCACACAUCUGGACUAAGAGCAAGUUCAUGGGCAUGUCGGUGGGCGUCUCUAUGGUGGGAGAAGGUGUGUUGUACCUGCGAGAUCACGGAGAGGAGUACGUGUUCACUUUCCCGAGUGCGUACGCUCGAUCCAUCCUCACCGUGCCGUGGGUGGAGCUCGGGGGAAAGGUCGCCAUCAGCUGCGCCAAGACCGGAUACUCGGCCAACGUCUCAUUCCACACCAAACCCUUCUACGGGGGCAAACUUCACAGGGUCAGCGCAGAGGUGAAGCAGAUCUCCAGCGGGAUGGUGGUGUGUAAAGCUCAGGGCGAGUGGAACGGGACGCUUGAGUUCAUCUACAGCGGAGGAGAGACCAAAGUCAUCGACACCAACAAACUCCCCGUCAUCAGGAAGAUGAUUCGCCCUGUGGAGAAACAGGGCCAGAGCGAGUCCAGGCGUCUCUGGCAGCAUGUGACUGCGGCGCUGAAGGAAGGGAAUGUAGAUCUGGCCACUGAACACAAGCAUGUGUUAGAAGAAGACCAGCGAUCAGACGAGAGACAGAGAGCUGCCAACAACAUGCCCUGGAAACCCAAAUACUUUAACAAAGAGGGUGACGGAUGGGUCUACAGAAACCCCUUAUGGAAAACAUGUGGAAGAAAGGAAGUCGAACACAGGGACUGAAAACAAACAGCAGAAAUCAAAGCCGGGAGAAUAAUGAUGCAUUAUAAUGCAGCACACUGUUGGCUGCACAGAAAAAACAUAUGAGAACAUAGACACACAGAAUAGACCUUUUAUACACUGUUUAAGUGAUACAUUAUUUUUCACGAUUAUCUAGCCAAGCCUUUGUGAAUAUGCACAUGUACACAGUAUUUAAGUCAUCUGCCAUUAGAUGAUGUGUUAACAGAGUAAGAGAGUUACGGAUUUAACAUCCAACAUGCAUUUAAUAAUGUGAACAAGACAUUCAGAGACAAGUUUUAAACGGUCAAUAUUUCAGCUCAUAUUUCACCCCAAAAUAAAAAAUAAAAUACAUAACACACAUAUAAUAUUUAAAUUAUAUCAUAUAAUAAAUAGUAACAUUAUACUUAAUAUAUUAUAUAUGUUUUUUUGCACUUCAAUUUUUAUUACUGUAAUGCAGCCUAGUAUUUUUAUUCCAUUACAAAAACAAAUGUCAAAUAAUAUUUUUUAUUUAAAUCAUACUAACUUAAACGUCGUACAACAAACGCAAUCACAAUGUAGAAAUACUUAAUAGUAUAAAUCUCGGUGGUCCUAAAAUAGGCAUCGGUUUCUUAUUUUUAUAGUUAAGAUAAAUAAAACAGUAUUUUAAAAUGUGAAAUAUGACCCUCACGUGUUUUCUCAGAUUUCUCCAGAUGACUGAUAACUGUGAUCUGAUGUUUGAGAUGAAACAGCAGACAUUAACGGGAUGAAAACGGUUGUUUUCACUGA